AUGCCAGACCAGAAAGCCGGCAAGCUCGGGCGAGUCCUCAGCUUCGCCAGCAGCAAGUCGAGGAAGUCUGCCUCCAACCAGCAGCAGCCGCUGAGCCCGCAGAAGACCUCGAGCUCGUCGCAGCAGCAGCCGAGAAGCCCCGGCCAGCGCCAGUAUGGCCACGCGAGGAACAAUACCGAUCUGUCGGACAAGAGCGCAGACCGGCCGGGCAGCAACAAGAUGCGCACCCACGCCGACCCCACGCUCGCCAUGAGCGAAGCACAGCCUGCUGCAAUUGCGCUAGAGGAGUCGAGUCUCGGACAGCUGCGAGGCAUCCAGCACAAGGACCGCUUCGGCAACCCCAUCAGUGAGUGUCCCUAUAUACCAUUAUCAAUUGGAACUGCUGGCUAA